UUGGCGAGCCUGCGCAGGUCCGCCGACGGCGCCGACUGAAGUCGUUUUCAAGGUGUUCUCUCCACUGAUAUUUUAACCUCUCUCUCAGGCCCUCGCGACCGUUCCGAAAAAUCGGAAUAAUCACGGGAGGAUUUUUGCAACAGUCACGAGACUAAUUCUUCGUCAACCGUCCAUCAACGUCCAGUGGACCGACACUGACUAGCAUAACCCUCACGCAUUGCACCUAUGUCCAACAUGGCGGCGACGUUAGGUCGGAUUUGUAAAUCGGGUCUUCUAAAACCGAAUUAUGGCACGUUGAUCGGCCAGACCAGUAAUUUUUCCACUAUAAAAGAAUGGCCUAGGAGUCGGAAAGUGUUAUUAACAUGCUUAGGAGUAACUGCCGGAGGCAUUAGUGCCUUGAUCUAUGCUUUAGAUAGCUCGGUAAGAGCUGCUGAUUUGAUAGCUCAUCCUCCAACGUAUAAAUGGGAUUUUUAUGGAUGGUUCAAUUCAUUAGAUCAUGCUAGCAUGCGACGAGGAUGGGAGGUCUACAAGAAUGUAUGUGCAGCUUGUCACAGUUUGCAAUAUGUGGCAUACCGUCACCUUAUUGAUGUUACUCAUACCGAAGCAGAAGCCAAAGCUCUCGCGGAAGAAGUCAUGAUAGAAGAUGGCCCUAACGAAGUUGGAGAAUAUUAUAAACGUCCAGGAAAAUUGUACGAUUAUGUGCCAUCUCCAUAUCCGAAUGAAGAAGCUGCCAGGGCAUCAAACAAUGGUGCUUAUCCACCUGAUUUAUCUUACAUAAUAAAUGCCAGACACAAUGGAGAGAACUACGUUUUCUCUUUGCUAACCGGAUAUUGUGAUGCACCAGCUGGUCUAACUUUAAGGGAAGGACAAUAUUUCAAUCCAUAUUUUCCAGGUGGUGCUAUUGGUAUGGCACAGGCUAUUUAUAACGAAGUCUUAGAAUAUGAAGAUGGUACUCCAGCAACUGCUUCUCAAGUAACAAAAGAUAUUACCACAUUCCUAAUGUGGACUGCCAAUCAUGAAUUUGAUGAACGAAAACAAAUGACUAUUAAGGGUCUUGGAAUAUUUGCAAUUCUCUUGGUUACUUCAUACUACUUUAAGCGACAUAAGUGGUCGACUGUAAAGAGUACAAAACUAAUGUUUGUUCCCAAAAAAUAUCGUUAGCCACUUGGAAAUUGACGCCGUGAUGUUAGCUUUUGUGCUGGUAUCAGAAUGUAGUUUCGCAAUUUAAACAAUGUAUCCGGCAAGUUGUGGCUCCUCUCUGAAGAUUUAAACUUAUUCAUAUAUUUGACGAGAACUGUCAAUUUGUCAUCACUACCAAAAUCUAUUAAAUUAAACAUUGUACAUAGUUAUACCAAAUGGAGUCAUCGUCUGAUUUAAAUAAAUUGUUAAACAUAA